AAAUUAUUUUAUUAGUAAAGAAUUUGGCUCGAAAACAAUAGACUUAAUAUCUAUAAGGAAUGUUUAUUGAUGAUCUGCAAAAGUGUUGUAAAUAUGUGUUUGUUACAGGCUGCCAUUUCCUGUUUGAGACAGAGAAUAAAUUGCACAAAAGUUCAUGUACGGAGGUGUAUUACCAAACUGGUUUACAAGCGACGGAAUCGAACAUGCAUUUAGAGCUCCUGGCACAAAUCAUUUCGGAACCUUGUUUCAACAUUUUGCGAACGAAGGAGCAAUUAGGCUAUAUAGUAUUAAGCGAUGUACGCAGGUCGAACGGAGCUCAAGGCAUGCGAAUCAUAGUUCAAAGCAACAAACAUCCGCAGUACGUUGAGAAACGUAUCGACUCAUUUAUGGAUUCCAUGUUGGAUCACAUAACCACUAUGUCGGAAAAUCAAUUUAAAAAACAUAAGAAAGCUUUAGCUACAUUACGUCUUGAGAAGCCAAAAAUGUUGACUUCUCUAUCCACUAUAUUCUGGGAAGAGAUCUCAACCCAGCAAUAUAAUUUCGACCGAGCGAACGUCGAGGUAGCAUAUUUGAGAACUAUAACGCGGCCGCAAUUGUUGAACUUUUUCAAGGAAAUUGUACAUAGUAAGAUUCGACAUAAAUUGUCGGUGCAUGUGAUAUCCACGGCAACAAAUGGCACGGAGGAUGAACUCGGAUUGAAUAACGAAGCUGAAGAGAUCCUUGAUACGGCAGCUAGUGAAAAAAUUAAGAAAAUCGACGACAUCAUGUCGUUUAAAAUUAGUCAAUCUUUAUAUCCUUUAUUAAAACCAUUUAACGAAUUUCCCAGGAAGGGCAUACGCUCUUCAAAAUUAUAAUUAAAUGAUGAAAGAUGUAAUGACAGAAAUUAUUACGAAUUAAACGGGUGACCUGUUUAUGCGCAUAAUACUAUUAAUUUAUACAACUCAUUUUUAAACACAAUUAUAGAAUGUUUUAUCAGGUUAGAGAAUAUUUAUUAAACAAUAUAAUUGGCAAAAUCCAACAUAUAAAUCAUUUUAUAAGUCAAAUAUUUCUACGAUUUAUUAUUGAAAAAUAGUUUGACUUAAUUUUAAUUAUUAUUUUCACGCACGUACAAAGUUUUGUAAAUUCAUGCGAAUAAUGUAUCACCGAGAAUUUAUUUUUUACAAACAUCACAUACUUUUAUACUAUAUUGUACUGUAUACUAAUUCCGUAUUUGAAAAUGAGUAAAAAUUAAUAGCUGAUUAACAAAAGUUUUAUUUAUUUUUCUAUUAUUAAUUAGUACUUAUUAGUUUUAUUUAAGAUAAUAAUUUAAUUUUUAUGACUUUAAACGUUUCGUUGGAAAGGAUUUAACUAAUUCCUUAUCUCUCAGAAUAAUCAUUAAAUGUUUCUAUAAUCCUGCAAAAUAUUUGCGAAUUCUGUACGCCUAAAUGUAAAAUUAGUAUGUUGGGUGGGUAAUUAAAUUUAUUCGAAAGCUUGUUAUCGAAUAAAUAGAAUAAAUCUAUUUUACACUUAAUUACUGCUCCAUAAAUCUUUAGAUUCUUGUACUGUACAAAUAGUGCCAUAAAACUUGGGAUUUGGAUAAAUAUAAUGAUACCAGUGAUUUAUAAAAAUAAAUGUUUUGUAC